AUGCAGAACCACGACCCACAAGACGAGUUUGCUGAACUCUGUCGUAGAUACAAAGAGUAUCCAAAAUUCCAACUUCACACCCAAAGUCCCCAAGAGGCAUGGUAUAAUGAAACGCAGUGGGACAAGCUUCAAGAGAAAGAGAAGACUGUGUUUUGCGCCACACAUGAAAACAUCGACGUAUGGGAGACGGGAGGUCUCAAUAAAUUCCCUGCCCAGGAGACCAGUAUCUCCGGUGUCAAUGACUUGAAGCAGCACCUUGUUCGGAGCGAUAAGGACCCUAUUGUCCGUCAUUUGUUUCUGGCGUCACCAGACUCGAGAUCGCCUUUAAAUUGCUCCGUGGAUAUGUUUAAAUUUGCUUGCGCAUACCACGAAGUAGAUCCCUACUUUCUUGAAUCACUCCAUGCCUUCGGGGAGCAGGAUGAGCCUAUCGAUCUUUGUCUCUCCCAAUUCAGAGGACAGAACAUUCUCAGCGCUGAUUCCAAUGGGUCCCGGGAACUGAAGAAGCUUGGAAGGUCUGGACGUGAGACCCGAGUUUCGUAUCUCUUGAGGUCUGUGGAAUUUUCAGAGAAUGAAGAGGAAGGACUAAACUGGAAGUUCCGACAAACUGCGAACUAUCAUUCAUUCGACUUGAAGACCGGAAGAGCCCUCUGGAUUAACAUCAAAGGAAGCGAACUUUUCAAAGAGCGCAUCUUGCAGUUUCGACACCUUCUGAACGUCCCGCCCAAGACAGAAUUGAACGAAGGUGAUGUCUCACACCACCUACAAGCAUCACUUGCCACUCAUCUCAUUUACCUGUCUUGGUGCGACGAGAAUUGGCGCCAAUUUAUCAACGACAUAGAAGGAGCCAUAAAACGCAUUGUUGCGCCAGCCAGGGAAGCACUUGUCGAUGAUCACGUCGGCGAAGACGGGUUAGAAAUCUAUCCGAAGCUCAUGAGGGAGACCAUAUCACGGAAAUCAACAACGAACUCAAAGAAUAGCCCAUCAAAAACCAAUACUAUGGUUUCUGGUACGACCCUGACAAAGUCACCAAUGCUCUCUAGGAUGAUGAGUGCUACAAGCUCAACUCUUAGAUCUUGGACUAGGACGCAGACAAAUUUACCAACAGACCUGGAAAAGGGGCCACCACAGGAAACAUCUGCCGAUAACGCUAGCAGCCCGUCUCUCGGACUAGACCCUCGAGGAAUGCUGAAAGACAUUCGAUUCAAACACAUGCAGUCUCUUCACCACCAUGCAGAGACAAUCCAGAAGUCGAUGUUGAUCUUGGAUCUCAACGUUGGUGUCCUCAAAAACAUUGGGGAACACUAUGACAACCUCGCUGUCACCGAAUUCAAGGAUAUGGAUGCUUGCAAGGCUGUGAUUAACGAGUUCUUGAGAGAGAUUGCUUCCAUUUCAAAGAUGCUUGAGACGCGUUCGAGACAAUUGAAAUGUCUGGCAGCCAACCUAGAGCAAGGCAUAUCUUUGUACGACAAAGCUUUACAGCAGAGAAGUGACCAGAUUAACACCAAACUCGCCGAGUAUGCCCAGAAGAACAGCGAGCAAAUGCAGAUAAUAUCCGACAAAACCUCACGACAAACAACGUCGAUGCAUGUCAUUACCGUCGCUACUCUUUUCUUCUUGCCAGCCACUUUUGUAGCAACAUUCUUUCAGAGCGGUGUAUUCCUCUGGAACGAAGAGACGCCAGAGGAAAUGCAGGCACCAUUCAAGUGGCAAGGUGACAAUUUUCGACUGUUUAUCAAGAUCACCAUUCCGCUGACUAUCGUAACUAUUGGAACAUGGCUAUUCGUAUACUUGAGACUGAGGUGGAGAACAAGCAACCUUUAG